CUCAAACCCCUUAAAAAUAAAACCCACACACCCACGCGCCAUGUACGGUAACACCAACACCAUAUUCUCACGCGCCGCCGACUUCCUCGGCCGCUCAACGUCACCCGACCCAACACUCCCGUUAAUUCUCCCUUCAGCUCCGUUUCUGCCACCGAACUUGCUCUUCCCGGACCAGCUCGGCGCGGCCGAGUUCGAGUCAGUCCCCGCGCUGAACUCGGAGGUGGGGAAUAGUAGUAGUUGUAGUGGGUGCAGUAGCUAUGGUUCGCCCACUUCGCUGGCGAGCCAUUGCACUCAGAGCCUGAGUCAGAGGCCCGCUUUCAUUCAGAGAAGCGUGAGCAGCCACUCACUCAUGAAGAACGGGUUUCGCCAACUCUUCUCGUCGGCUCCCGGGUUUGUCGACUCCGACGACGGUCCGGUCAGGAGGGUUUUCAGUACCGGAGAUUUGCAGGUGAGCUCUGUGAAAUUACUGAAAUGCCCACUUUCUUUUCACAGAAUUCAUAUGGUGCAACACAGUCAUCGAUCAGACAGUCCGUUGUCGAAUGAGAACAGUAUCAUCAUCGAAAGCAUGAGCAAGGCAUGCCGAUAUAGUCCUGAAGAGAAAAAGGAGAGGAUUGAGAGAUAUAGAAGCAAGAGAAACCAAAGAAAUUUCAACAAGAAGAUCAAGUAUGCCUGUAGGAAAACACUGGCGGACAGCAGGCCACGCAUCAGAGGACGGUUUGCAAGGAACGAUGAAAUUGAUCAGAAGAGUUCCCAAGUUCGUGGGGAGGAGGAUGAGGAGGAAGACGAUGAUUGGAUCAACUUUAUUGCCACAUUCUCAGCAAAUAUGGCUCCUUAAUCGUGACAGCUCCUAUAUGUUGGACAAUUAAUUAUGGUCGCUUUAUCCUUGUUACUGUGAUUUAUUCUAAGUAUGCUUCAAAGUAGGCGAUCAUGUACAUAUAGUUUGAUUGCAUUAUUGUUCUUCAAUAUGUAUU